GUGCCGCCUUGACAUACCAGCAAUACUGUACAUAGUACAUGCAUUUCGUUUGCUCAUCGUGUUCAAUGCGUGCUGAGGCCCUGGACCGUGUUGAGGGAGGUGUCCGUAUGUGUUCAAUGUCUUGAGUUCAGGUGAGCCGUCGCAGCAGCCACCGCUUCGUCCGGACCACCACUGCGAACGGCAUGUACCUCGAUGCUGCUCUCGACGGUCGCAGGCUUGCUCGUCCCCUUCUUGUCCUGGUUCUGUGACGGCUCUAGACAUACUGGCCCUAAGACCCUGAGCUUCCAGCUUCGCCAUUAUCAUGCCGUAUCCUCGGAAGCUAAAGUGCUCUUCCACGACGCACGUCCCUCCCAGAACCUGGAAGCAGACCCUUCUACGGACUACAGUCUGCGCAGCAGAGCUGUCAAGACUCACCGCCCUGUCUCCCUCUCUGCGCUUGCUGAAGCGCGUACGCGGUCAAUAAGGUUCGCGCAGAGCGCGUUGCUCGACUGGGAUGAAGAUGAGGUCCUGGGGCCCGACGUCGAGAGUCGGGAGACUCUACUGGAGCUCGCGAAAAUGACAAACAAUGCGUACCUUGAACCAGGAGAGGCUGGGUGGUAUGAGUUGGGAGGCGACUGGAAUGUUAGCUACCCAGUAGGCUGGGAGCCCGAUGCUGACGGCUUCCGUGGUCACGUCUUUGCAACACCCGACAACUCGACUGUGGUGCUGUCCAUUAAGGGGACGUCCGCCGGCUACGUGGGUGGAGGCGGACCAACAUCCAAGAAGGACAAGUUCAACGACAACCUACUGUUCAGUUGUUGCUGCGCGCGGGUAGACUGGACAUGGACAACCGUAUGCGACUGCUAUCGUGGGGGCUGGAAGUGCGAGCAGAAUUGCUUAGAGAGGUCCCUUGUCGAGGAGAGCUUAUUCUACUCAAUCGGAACUAAUCUAUACUACAACCUGACGUAUAUGUACCCUGAAUCCAAUAUCUGGAUCAUUGGGCAUUCGUUGGGAGGGUCCCUUGCGUCUCUCCUGGGAGUGACAUUCGGUGCACCCGUUGUCGCAAUAGAGUCGCCCGGGGAGAAGAUGGCGGCGGGACGGCUGCACUUACCUUCGCCGCCUGAAGUUCAGCACAUCACACAUAUAUACCACACUGCUGACCCGAUCGCUAUGGGCACAUGUAACGGGAUCUUGUCGUCGUGUGCACUAGGCGGCUACGCUAUGGAAAGCCGCUGUCAUCUCGGCCGCUCUAUCGUAUACGACACGGUAUCAAACCUUUCAUGGUCGGUGGACGUACGGACACACGGCAUCGUGAAUAUCAUAGAGAAGCUGCUCUCGCAACCUUGGCCUCCAAGCGAGGAGGCGGGAAGAGAGGUUCCAGAGGCUAUCGUAGAAGAGGACUGCGUGGAGUGUUUUAGCUGGGACUUUGGCGACUAUCCUACCACUAAGGGAGCCCCAGGCUCAACACGAGGUCUACAUGAAUUGUAAUGUACACUGCACGCGCCUGCCUUGCGAUAGUAGAAUUAUACCCUCAGCGACUGCUAAGCUCGACUUCGAUCAUGUCAGAGUUGUAGUGGUGGCAACGAUUGCAUUGUCGAUGUGCAACGCGAUGACAUGAAAAGAGGUAUCCAGGAUU